CCCGGCAUCCUUCGGGCGGCGGCGGCGGCGGCGGCGAGGCAAGGCGAGGCGGAGGACCGUGUGCGGCGGGGCCGGUGGCGGGUAGAGGUGCGAGGGCGGCGAGGGACCUGAGGAGUAGUCGGGCCGGUGUGGCCGCCGCCGCCGCCAUGCAGGAAAUCAUCGCCAGCGUGGACCACAUCAAGUUCGACUUGGAGAUCGCAGUGGAGCAGCAGCUCGGGGCACAGCCGCUGCCCUUCCCCGGCAUGGACAAGUCAGGGGCUGCUGUCUGUGAAUUCUUUUUGAAAGCUGCCUGUGGCAAAGGGGGCAUGUGUCCCUUCCGCCACAUCAGCGGUGAGAAGACCGUCGUGUGCAAACACUGGCUGCGAGGACUGUGCAAGAAGGGGGACCAGUGUGAGUUCCUGCACGAGUAUGACAUGACCAAGAUGCCUGAGUGCUACUUCUACUCCAAGUUUGGGGAGUGCAGCAACAAGGAGUGCCCCUUCCUGCACAUCGACCCCGAGUCCAAGAUCAAGGACUGCCCUUGGUACGACCGUGGCUUCUGCAAGCAUGGUCCCCUCUGCAGGCACCGGCACACACGGAGAGUCAUCUGUGUGAAUUACCUCGUGGGAUUCUGCCCGGAGGGGCCCUCGUGUAAAUUCAUGCACCCUCGAUUUGAACUGCCGAUGGGAACCACCGAGCAGCCCCCACUGCCACAGCAGACGCAGCCUCCGACAAAGCAAAGUAACAAUCCGCCGUUACAAAGGUCGUCCUCCCUGAUCCAGUUAACGAGUCAGAACUCUUCUCCCAAUCAGCAGAGAGCCCCGCAGGUCAUCGGGGUCAUGCAGAGUCAGAACAGCAGCGCGGGCAACCGGGGACCCCGGCCGCUGGAGCAGGUCACCUGUUACAAGUGUGGCGAGAAAGGACACUACGCCAACAGAUGCACCAAAGGGCACUUGGCCUUUCUCAGUGGACAGUGACAGCAGCUGGAGCCAGCUCAGAGCAGCCCAGAGGGCCCCGCUGCCGGGAACCACUCUGGGCCCUCGCUGGGAGCGUGCGUCGAACUGUUUAACGCCAGUGUUGGUGCAGCGCUGGCUCGGGCUGGCAGACAGGCACGCUGGGGUUCUCGUUCUGAGGGGCUACGUCUGUCACUUUCCUUAUCACUUUGCUGUAAUCUUUUUUUAAAAGGGGACAAGUGCUCUAGUUUGGUCCUUCCAAGUCGGCAUUGUCUGUCUAGCAUCCGUACCUCCUGUCCGAUCUCCCUGCACACCGCCCUUGGGGGAAGGGAGGACGUUGUGGCAAAGGGCUUUGUGCUAAGCAGUCGGUGUGGAAGGUGGCCCUUCCCCUCGAGGCCUCAUCAUUAAACACCAGUUCUUGGUGACCCCCGGGGCUGGUGGAUCAUUUAAAGCUUCGACCAGGUCAUGCCUGCUUCUUCCAUGUCCUGCUGAGUUCAGAAGCUGUGCCUGUCGAUGGGAUUUGAACCAGGCAGCCCUUCGGGGCAAACUUCAGUGCACUUGUUGCCUCAGCCUGGUCCUGCUCCAAGGUGGCAGUGGUGGAGAGGAAGGGCGCAGGGCUCUCCGGGGUGAGGGUCUUUUUCCUCUGGGCUGAUUUUCUUGGAGCACCUACUUGACCAUGGGAUUAUCUCAAAGUGUACCUUCAGCUGGAGCUGCAGAGCACCCAUUAAAUCGAGGCCGCGGUCCAUCUGUGCACCUACCUCCUGGCCCGCCAAGCAUCUGCACAGUCACUCAGCUUUGGCCUCCGGAGACCCCCUCCCCCCCGCCCCCAAACCUGGAAAUGUGAAACUGUCACCUGCAACCCACUGGGCAACUGGGCCCGUUCAAGUUCCAUCACAAGAACUUUUUAUGAGGUUGAUUAAAAGCUUGUUUUUUAA